CACACAAGUGCCAAAUGUAACCGUGCAUGCUUUCUCAGGACAAUUUGUGGUGAGGAAACUACUGUAAUAACAAGUUCCACUAAAGAUUAAAAUCUGUAACCUGUAUGGAGCUGUUUUAGAGCGCAUCACUGUGUACAUUAGCAAAGUGGUGUUGGAGCAGUAUUUAGACUAGCUAAUGUUAGCUGCUUGCUACUCAAAGUUGUGGAGGAAUGGACGUUACGUUAGUCAGUCUUGUAACGUUACCGCUAAAUAAAGAAGCUAUCUGACUGUUACGUUAUCUUAUCAAGUAAAUGCAAUAUAGCUUUGUAUGAAUGAUAAGUUAGACACUGCCCUGUCAGUUUAUGAGCUCACUGAAGCUAUUGUGUUGUAGCUACAGUAGCCUACCGGAAAGCAAUUGUUCAGAUAGGUCAUGGGCCCAAUGCUGAUACCCAACACAAGGGUUUGCUUGCAGCAUUUUAUCCCAGUUCUUUCAAGAAACAGUUUGAAUGGCUUGCACAAGUACGUGCCGGCGUGUUUUAAACUGGGAGGCUUGAGUACAUUUUCUACAAAGGACCUGAACAAACAUGGAGUCAUCAAAAGGAAAGAUUUCAAAUCAAAAGACUUUGUCAUCAAGGAAAAACCUGCUUUUCCCAAGUCGGUUUUCGCAGCUGGAACUGCUAGGCGGACUGCUGUGCUUAUGAAAUUGAAAGCUGGUAUAUCAGACUUAGAAGAACCAUCAGACAACAGUAGGAAAAUAAAUUACUUGGAGGUACCAGACCGACCUCUCACAGCUUCAGAGUGGAAGAGAUUAAAAGAAGAUAACGAGCGACCCGAUCGUUUUGAGAUUCGAAUGAUGGGGGGAAUAUUUAAGUCUAGUGCAGAUAUAAACAUUGCUAAAUCCCUCCUGGCAUACGUUGCUGUUGAUUCUGGUACGGUGGCAUAUGAAUUGCUGUUGCGGUACCUCACUUUGUGUGUCUAUGGUGGACACUGGGCUGAAAUGUACGACGUGUACGACAUCAUGAAGAGUCGGUUUCGGACGCUGGAUACUGGUGCUUAUAGUUUAUUGAUUAAAGGCUUUAGCAAGACAGAACGCUGGGAAGAGGCAUUGGUUCUUCUUGAGAACAUCAACAAGAUCAUCACGCCCUCUCCUCGAAAUUACUCAGACGUCAUUGCCGGUGCAGUACAACAUGGCAAUUUUGCCACUGCUUGGACACUGUAUAAUCAGCUCUUGGAGAAGGACAUUAUUCCUAACCAGGAUACCUGGAAGUAUCUGUUUGAAGCGGGUAUAGCUGACCACGAAAACGAUGAUAAGCUGUUGUCAAUAUUAGAGCAUAUGAGAGACAACCAAAUAUAUCCAGAGGUGACUUUGGCUAACAUCAUAAGAAAGUGGUUUGAAUGUCGCCCUGACCAGAAGUGGACUGGCAGGAUCUCUACUGUGAAACCAAGUGGAGUGUGUCAGAGCUGUCGCUCUCUCCUGGAGUCCAUACAACUGACUGAGGAAGACUAUGCUGAUCUGAGGGACAGUGUCAUGAAGAACGUGAUCGAGGGCAAAGACGUUUUCAAGAAGACCACCCCUGAGGAGCUGGAGAGUUUCAAGCACUUCGUCAGUAAGCGGCCACCGUUUGAUGUGGUGAUCGACGGACUCAACGUGGCCCACAGCCUGGGUAGAGUGAGCCAGUCUCAGACGCUGUUGGCUGUGGUCUCGGAGUUAAAUCAGCAAGGUCUCUCUAUCCUGGUACUGGGCAGGAAGCAUAUGUUGUUUUCCACCCAGAGUUGGAAUCGCCACCACAUGAACCAAAUUCAGCAAAAGGCGCACUGCUUCUUCACCGAGAAUAUAUCUGAAGAUGACCCAUUCCUCCUCUAUGCGGCACUGCACUCUGGUAACCACUGUAACUUUGUGAGCCGUGACCUCAUGCGGGACCACAAGGCCUGUCUGUCCAGUGGGCGAACCAGGCAGCUCUUCUUCAAGUGGCAGCGUGGACACCAAUUGGUCCUCUACAACUUUGUUCCUGGGAAGAAGGUCCGCUUUCGGAAAAUACAGAGUUAUGACACCAUCGCUCAGACCAGUGCAAACACCUGGCAUAUACCCUUUGACGAAGAAGGUACAGAGAGAAGUACAUAUGAAGUUCCCCAGAAGUGGUUGUGCCUUACCAGAUUAAAUUGACAAAUGCUCUGUAGUUAAUGUUUUGUGUUGCCUUCUUGUGUAUUACUACAAUAAAGUCUAGUUUGUUUUUCCA